UGUGUGGGGGAAGGGAAUAGGGAACAAGAGACUUUCCUUUCAGCUCAAUAGUGUAAACCAUAAGUUGCACGGUGCACUUGUACAGAGGAGAGGAAGGGAGACAGAGAGAGGGAGAUCAGGAGAGAGAGAGAGGGGGAGAGAAGAGCCUGAAGUAUUUCCAGCUGGAAGCAUUUAAACAGUGCCUAGCCUGCGAAGUGCUUUAUGGAAGAAUUAAAGAGAAAGAUGUUACACAGCAUGUGGAUAGGUCUGCUGGCAUUUGUAGAGCUUACUGUGAGCGGGAGAGCAGAGAUUUACGGGGUUCGAGACCGAAGGCAUUCUGCAAUUCAGCUAGGGGUUUGUCGCUAUGGAUCCCGACUUGAAUGUUGUUACGGUUGGAAAAAGAAUUACAAGGGGCGCUGCGAAGCUAUCUGUGAACAUGGAUGUAAACACGGAGAAUGUGUUGGGGCAAACAAAUGUAAAUGUUACCCAGGAUUUACUGGUAAAACAUGUAAUCAAGAUUUUAAUGAAUGUGGACUGAAGCCAAGGCCCUGUGAGCACAGAUGUAUGAACACACACGGCAGCUACAAGUGCUACUGUCUGAAUGGAUACAUGCUGAUGCCCGAUAACACAUGUGCUAAUUCCAGAACCUGCACCAUGGCCAAUUGUCAGUACGGCUGUGAGAAUGUGAAGGGGGAGAUCCACUGCCUCUGUCCAUCUGCGGGCCUGCAACUCGGACCAGACGGGAAAACCUGCAUAGAUAUUGAUGAAUGUGCAGCUUCCAGAACUCUGUGUCCACCUCUACGGAGAUGUGUCAACACGUUCGGCAGUUAUUUCUGCAAAUGCCAAACGGGUUACGAGCUUAAAUAUGUUGACGGCAAAUACAAGUGUAUAGAUAUUGAUGAGUGUGCUGCCAACACACACUCGUGUAGUCCUCAUGCCGACUGCCACAACACUCAAGGCUCCUUUAAGUGUAAAUGUAAGCCUGGAUUCAGAGGCAGUGGCUUCCAGUGUUCAGUUAAACCUUUCCUGCAAGUAAACCUGGAUGGGGAACAGGGCAGCACUGAUGACAUCCUUAAUGCUGUUCCUGAAAUUCCCUACAAAGAAGCACCUCUGAUUCUGGGAGGAAACAAGGAAGAUGUAAAGAAAAUGCUGGCACAUAGGAAUAAAGGUAGAAAGAGUGAAGUGAUCAAGAAUGCUAUCCCUCGCCCUGUGGCCACCCCUCCGUCCCUAGAACGCCUCCAGCCAUUUGACUAUGAAGAUGGCGUCUAUAUUGGGAACUAUGAUGACAAAGAGCUUGACGUGGGCUAUAAAACUAAUGAAGAUGAAGUUGAAAAUUACAUUGACUCGGAGGAGCAGACUCCCAGAGGGGAUGUGUUUGUCCCCAAGCGCAAUGAAGCCACGGUGUUUAGUCCAGUGCUGGGCAAGAAGGAACUCGUGAUACAAGAUCUUUUUAAUGACGAUUUUUCUGUGGACUGCAAUUUUAACCAAGGUGUUUGUGAAUGGAUCCAGGAUACAGAGGAUGAUUUUGACUGGAAAGUUGCUGAUCUGCCUAAUGGCAAUGGGCACUACAUGGCAGUCCCUGCAUUCGUCGGGAUUAAGAACGAGGUUGGCCAUUUGAAACUUCUCAUCGGCGAUCUCGUUCCGAAGAAGGAUUUCUGUGUAACCUUUAAGUAUCGGCUUGUGGGAGAGAAGAUUGGAAAUCUCCGGGUACUUUCCAAUAACGGAGUUCCUUCGAUCUGGGAGUGGAUCCGAGACAAAGAGGAAGGCUGGAAAGUUGGACGCGUUACAAUAACUGCUAGAAGCAGUUCUGAAACCCAGCAAAAUAUUGUCUUUGAAGCCAAGCGAGGAAAGGGCAGCGUUGGUGAAAUUGGACUGGAUAAUGUAAUUCUGACAUCUGGGCCCUGCACAGAAUGGACCUCAGAGAAUGAUGACCGAGAGACAUGAAUUUCAUCUUAAGAUUCCCGGGUUCUUUGGUCUACAAACACACGAGAGCACCUCAAAUGACUUCCAAAAGGGUUGUUCGCCAGCAUGUAACACUGAGACAUUUUUGCAAUAAGGUACUCUCACCCUGAUGCCAACUUUCAUUUGGAAGUGCAGGAUUCCUACACUCAAGAUUGUGGUAUCAGCUAUUAUCAGCAUUGUAUUAUGCUUCUUAAAUGUACAAUUGUAAAGGUGCUAUGUAUAUCAGUUGUGCACUCCCCCAGUCAUAAGUGAUAGGAGCAGAAUUAGGACAUUCGGCCCAUAAAGUCUACUCCGCCAUGGCUGAUCUAACUUUCCCUCUCAACCCCAUUCUCCUGCCUUCUCCCCAUAAUCCUUGACACCCUCACUAAUCAAGAAAAUGUAAAUCUCCACGUCAAUCUCCAAUGAUUUGCCGUUUAUGGCAAUGAAUUCUGCAGAUUCACCACUGUCUGACUAAAGAAAUUCCCCCUCAUCUCAUUUCUAAAGGUACGUCCUUUUAAUCUGAGACUAUGCCCUCUGGUUCUAGAUUUUCCCACUAGAGGAAUCAUCCUCUCCACAUCCACUCUAUCCAGGCCUUUCACUGUUCGGUAAGUUUCAAUGAGGUCCCCGCUCAUCCUUCUAAACUCCAGCGAGUACCGGCCCAGUGCCGUCAAACGCUCAUCAUACGUUAACCUAAUCAUCCCUGAGACCAUUUGCAUAAACCUCCUCUGGACUUUCUCCAAUGCCAGCAGAUCUUCAUCAGAUAUGGGGCCCAAAACUGCUCACAAUACUCCAAAUGUGGUCUGGCCAGUGCCUUAUAAAGCCCUCAGCAAUACUUCCCUGUUUUUAUAUUCUAGUCCGUCCAAAAUAAAUGCUAACAUUGCAUUUGCCUUUCUUACUACCAAUUCAACUUACAAAUUAACCCUUUGGGGAUCCUGCACCAGCGCUCCCAAGUCCCUUUGCACCUCUGGUUUCUGCAUCUUGUUCCCGUUUAGAAAAUAGUCUAUGCCUGAACUAUCUAUAUAACUAAAUUGUUCUGCACCAAUGUUGGAAAUGUGAUAUCAAUAUUUUGUAUUAUUUCUUGUGUAUUUGUACAACAUUUUGCAAUAAAUAUUGUCCUUUAUAGAUAACAA